AUGCUCAAAGCACGCCAGUCGCGUGGCGCUCUCAAGAGCUUCAACUGCGCCGCCCGCCGUUUCUCGUCGACGCCCUCGCCUGCCGCCGUCUCUCCCUACCGCAAUGCCGCCGUCCAGCAGCCCGCUCAGAAGCCCGUCGUGAAGAACGCCAUCAAGCGCACCCAGAGCACUGCCGCCGCCCAGCAGACCGAGCGACCUGUUCCCGCCCCGGCCUUCAAUCGCGAUGACCCGGCACCGCAGGUGGCCUCGCGCUACCAGCCGCAGAUGGACCACUCGUUCGUCGGCAUGAAGGGUGGCGAGAUCUUCCACGAGAUGAUGCUGCGCCAGGGUGUGAAGCACAUCUUUGGAUACCCAGGAGGCGCUAUUCUCCCCGUCUUCGAUGCCAUUUACAACUCGAAGCACUUUGACUUCGUUCUUCCCAGACAUGAGCAAGGCGCUGGCCACAUGGCCGAGGGUUAUGCUAGGGCUUCGGGCAAGCCUGGUGUCGUUCUCGUCACCUCAGGCCCUGGCGCCACCAACGUCGUUACGCCCAUGCAGGAUGCCUUGAUGGAUGGUACGCCGAUGGUUGUUUUCUGUGGCCAGGUCCCAACGUCUGCCAUUGGUUCGGAUGCAUUCCAGGAGGCCGACAUGCUCGGCAUUUCUAGGGCUUGCACCAAGUGGAAUGUGAUGGUCAAGAACAUCGCUGAGCUGCCCCGCCGUAUCAACGAGGCUUUCGAGAUUGCUACUAGCGGCCGCCCUGGUCCCGUUCUCGUUGACUUGCCCAAGGACAUUACCGGUGGCACCUUGAACAGGCCCAUCCCCAUGGUCAGCAGCCUUCCGACGCACCCCAGUGCCGCCAGCUUGGCCGCACGCGAGUUGAGCAGGGCUCAGCUCGAGGGUGCCAUCAAGCGCUCGGCCAACCUUAUCAACGUUGCCAAGAAGCCUGUCAUCUAUGCUGGUCAGGGUAUCGUCUCGGCCCCCGAUGGUCCCCAGCUUCUCAAGGAGCUUGCCGACAAGGCCAACAUCCCCGUUACCACGACUCUCCAGGGUCUUGGUGGUUUUGAUGAGUUCGAUCCGAAGUCUCUCCACAUGCUGGGUAUGCACGGUUCUGCCUAUGCCAACAUGGCCAUGCAGGAGGCAGACCUGAUCAUUGCUCUCGGAGCUCGUUUCGACGAUCGUAUCACCGGUCACGUCGCCCGCUUCGCUCCCGCCGCCCGUGCUGCCGCUGCUGAGGGGCGUGGUGGCAUCAUCCACUUCGAGAUCAUGCCUAAGAACAUCAACAAGGUCGUCCAGGCCACCGAGGCUGUCGAGGGUGAUGUCGCCACCAAUCUUGCGGCUCUUCUCCCCUACGUCGACGCCGUCCCAGAGCGUCCCGAGUGGUUCGAACAGAUCAACGACUGGAAACAGCGCUUCCCUUGGGCUUAUGAGAAGGAGGGCGCGAACGGCUUGAUCAAGCCCCAGGUUGUCAUUGACAAGCUCAGCCAGCUCACUGAGAGCAUCCGCGACAAGACCGUCAUCGCCACUGGUGUCGGUCAGCACCAAAUGUGGGCUGCCCAGCACUUCCGCUGGACCCACCCGCGUACUAUGAUCACUUCUGGCGGUGCUGGUACUAUGGGCUUCGGUCUUCCUGCCGCUAUUGGCGCAAAGGUUGCCCGUCCUGAAGCUCUCGUCAUCGACAUCGAUGGUGAUGCGUCGUUCAGCAUGACCCUUACUGAGCUUAGCACCGCUGCUGAGUUCAACAUCGGUGUCAAGAUCAUCAUUCUGAACAACGAAGAACAGGGUAUGGUCACUCAGUGGCAGUCCCUCUUCUUCAAGGAUCGUUUCGCGCACACCCAUCAGAAGAACGCCGACUUCGUCAAGCUUGGUGAUGCCAUGGGUAUUCAGGCUGACCGCGUCUUGAAGCCCGAGGAGCUCGAGGAUAAGCUCAAGUGGCUGAUGAAUACUGACGGCCCUGCUCUUCUUGAGGUCAUUGUUGACCAGAAGGUGCCUGUCCUCCCCAUGGUCCCAGCGGGUAGCGCUCUUCACGAGUUCCUCGUGUACGAUGAGGCCAAGGAGAAAGCCCGUCGUGAGCAGACCCGUCAGCGCUCUGGCAGGUAA